UUUCAUUGAUUACAAGCCCACAUCAUUAGAAAUGGAGUACAAAUAUGAGGUGCAGUGUGAAAUGGACAUUGGUUUGAACUUGGACUUGAUCGAUCCAAAUACUUAUAAAGUGGACUCGCAUGCUGAAAUACAGCUGAACGAAAAGGAUGCUAUUUUGCUCGAAGACGAGGAUUCUAAUUCGAAGCAAAUAAAGAGGUCAGCUCAGCAUUCCAAGGUCGUACCUUGGAUGCGAAAGACGCAGUAUAUAUCCUCUGAAUUCAAUCGAUUUGGAGUAGCUGCUGAUAGGCAAGAGAUCAAGGUUGGCUAUCACCUUACCAAGAAUAAGGAAAAUUUGAAUCUUUUCCGUGAUCGUCAAAGUCAAAUCGAUUCCAUCAAGAAAUCCUUCGAAGACGUAAGCGCUAAACUUUUCGUUUUUGUUUUGCUUCCAAAUAGUCAUAAUUUUAUUGUUAUUUUACCGGUCUCAUUGUUAUUACAGAGCAAAGUUCCAGUUCGCAAACACUUUGACAAAAAAGGUGUUACAGCCAUUGAAGAGGUGCCUAUAUUGCCAGAUUUUGAGCUGUGGAAGUAUCCCUUCGCACUGGUUCAAUUCGACGCAGAUCCUGCUCCAGCUAAUUAUUCCGCUGAUAUAUGUGAAAGCAUGGUCACUCAAAGUCACAUCAAAGGCAUGCAAGAUGAUGAUGGCGAGCAGUUCGUGGCCUACUUUGUGCCUACGGUGGAGACUCUGCAGAAAAAGUUGACCGACAAAGAGGAGGGCAAAAACUACACCGAAGGAGCAGUGUGAGU